UCAAUUCUCGUUCUGUGAUAAGAUGAAGUGAAAAAAAAGUUUUCAUUUUCGUUUUCACAACUACUUUUCACUCUGCCUUUUCACAGACACUUAUUUUGCGAUUCUGGUUUGUGCUGUGAAAAUCGUGUUCCAUUACCACUAUAGUCGUGAAACUUUUGCAACUGUGCUAUUGAAUUUUCGAAGUAAAUGUCAAAGUUGAGGAAAACGUAAACAAAACAUGUCGGGAAUAAUUAUUUUAUUAGAAUUAUCGCAAAGAAUUCGAGACGAGCAAAGAGAUAAUUUGAGAGUGCUCCGGCGCAGACUUCGCGACGACCAAAAUCCCUUUGAGAUUACAAUAGACGAGCAUUUCAUUGAUUUAUAUCGGUUGCCUAAAGCUUUGGGCCUGGAAUUAAUUAAUGAAUUAAUGCCAUUUAUGCCGAACUCGCAACGGAGACAUGCUGUUCCGAGUCAUGUAAUUAUUUUAAGCGCCCUGCGUUUUUUUGCCACUGGUAGCUUUCAAAGAAGUGUGGGGCAAGACAGUUUAUCUGCUUUAUCCCAAACAUCAGUUAGCAGAUGUGUGCAAGUGGUGGCAACUGCACUUAAUAACAUACAGCUUGCAGAGCUCUCGAGGAGCUUUAUGAGGCGGGUGAGCGCGAUUUUUGGCUUCUGGGUGAUAGUGGCUACCCACUACAGCCUUGGCUGAUGACACCAAUUAGUGCGACAUCAUGUACCGCAGAAGAGCGCUACAAUAUAGCACACAAGUCAACUCGAGCUCUUGUAGAAAGAUGCAUUGGCUUACUAAAAAGCAGAUUUCGCUGUCUGUCGAAGGAAAGAGCCCUUUUCUACAGUCCACCAAAAGCAGGCCUCAUAAUCAACGCUUGCCUGGUUUUACACAACUACUUGAUUCGGGCUAGAGUGCCGUUCGAUGAAAUUUAUUUGGAAGACUCUGAUGCACCUGAAGAAUGUGGUGGCCCUUCUUCAGCUAUUUCAACACAGAAUAUAUUAUCCAUUGCGAAAAGACAACGAUUGCAAAUUGUUCAAAAUGCUUU